UGCGCACGCGCAGAAGGGCGCGACGGUGGAGCAUCGGGGCGGUUUAGCUCCUGCUGCCCAGUCCCGGCCUGCACCUCUAAGCUCAGCAUCCCUCUUCGGAACUCCUGGGACUUGCUUUAUGCCGUCCGAUUGCUCUAGCCUUCUUGGAGCUGUGGGUUGCAGUCUGGAUAUCCUUUGCUUUGUAUCUAGUAUCCACUUAUGAGAAGGCUGUCUUGACUCCUGUGUCUGGGGCUGUAAUCACAGCAGGCGGUGAGGCUCUUGGGCCUGUGUCUGUCCUCUGGGGUUGUAGGCGCACUCCAACAGUGACGCUGAGAGAUUCUGAGCACUCCAGGAACUGCAGAAGGACCUAUGGAUCAUGGCAGGAAGGGUGAAGUGGGUCACUGACAUUGAGAAGUCGGUGCUGAUCAACAACUUUGAGAAGAGAGGGUGGAUCCAAGUGACAGAGAAUGAAGAUUGGAAUUUCUACUGGAUGAGUGUGCAAACCAUUCGCAAUGUGUUCAGUGUGGAAACUGGGUACCGGCUCUCAGAUGACCAGAUCGUCAACCACUUCCCCAACCACUAUGAACUGACCCGCAAGGACCUGAUGGUGAAGAACAUUAAGAGAUACAGGAAGGAACUGGAGAAGGAAGGAAGUCCUCUGGCAGAGAAAGACGAGAAUGGGAAAUACCUCUAUCUGGACUUUGUCCCCGUCACCUACAUGCUCCCCGCUGACUACAAUCUGUUUGUGGAGGAGUUCCGGAAGAGCCCAUCCAGCACCUGGAUCAUGAAGCCUUGCGGCAAAGCCCAGGGGAAGGGCAUCUUCCUUAUCAACAAGCUCUCACAGAUCAAAAAGUGGUCCCGGGACAGCAAGACGUCCUCGUUUGUGUCUCAGUCCACAAAAGAAGCUUACGUGAUCUCCCUCUAUAUCAAUAAUCCAUUACUCAUCGGUGGGAGGAAGUUUGACCUGCGGCUGUAUGUCCUGGUAUCCACGUACCGCCCACUGCGCUGCUACAUGUACAAGCUUGGCUUCUGCCGUUUCUGCACGGUGAAGUACACCCCAAGCACCAGUGAGCUGGACAACAUGUUCGUCCACCUUACCAAUGUAGCCAUCCAGAAGCACGGGGAGGACUACAACCAUAUCCACGGUGGCAAGUGGACUGUCAACAACCUGCGACUCUACCUGGAGAGCACCCGAGGCAGAGAGGUGACCAGCAAACUGUUUGACGAAAUCCACUGGAUCAUCGUGCAGUCUCUCAAGGCCGUGGCGCCAGUGAUGAACAAUGACAAGCACUGCUUUGAAUGCUACGGCUACGACAUCAUCAUCGACGACAAGCUGAAGCCCUGGCUGAUCGAGGUUAACGCAUCCCCGUCUCUUACCUCCAGCACCGCCAACGAUCGAAUCCUUAAGUACAACCUGAUCAACGACACCCUCAACAUCGCGGUCCCCAACGGCGAGAUCCCCGACUGCAAAUGGAACAAGUCUCCUCCCAAGGAAGUUCUCGGCAACUAUGAAAUCCUGUACGACGAGGAGCUGGCCCAGGGUGACGGGGCUGAGAGAGAGCUCAGAAGCCGCCCCGGCCAGCCGGUGGGGCCCAGAGCAGGCCGCUCGAGAGAGUCGGGGAGAAAUGUCCUCACGACCUGGAAGUGACCAGCAUUGGGAAGAAAGACCCCCAGCCUUCCCGCAAUUGCUCCACCCAGACUCUGCUCAACAUAUAUUUUGGAAUUCCCUUUUUCUAGAGUGCUUUCCUGAGCCCUUGUAAAUAAAGACACUCUGCAAGGUGGAGGACUCCAUGUCAUCAGGGCUCAUAUACGCUCUUGAAAAUGACAGCGUCAGUGUGUGAUGUAACAUCCUUUUUUUUAAAGAUUUAUUUUAUUAUUUUUAUUUUUUGAGAUAGGUAUCCUUGGCUGGCCUGGAACUUGUUAUGUAGACCAGGCUGGCUUGGAACACUCAGAGGUCCACCUGCCUCUGUCUCCCAAGUGCUGGGAUUAAAGGUGUACACCAUCACAUCUGACUUUGUGUGUGUGUGUGUGUGUGUCAUCCAAGGUAAACACAAGAGGGCACCAGAUUCCCCAGAGCUAGAGUUACAGGCUGUCCAAAGUGGGUUCUGGGAAUGAAACAGUGGUUCUCUGCAAGAGCAACAAGUGCUUAUAAAUUUCAGUCAUCUCUCUAGCCCCCUGAUGCAGCUUCUUAAAAGGCUCACAUUCACCGGGCGUCAGUGGCACACGGGAGGCAGAGCCAGGCGGAUCUCUAUGAGUUCGAGGCCAGCCUGGUCUACAGAGCGAGAUCCAGGACAGGCACCAAAACUACACAGAGAAAACUUGUCUCAAAAAACAAAACAACAAAAAAGGUUCACAUUCAUUAAACUUUUCACUUUGAAAAAGGUUAAACAGACACGUUUCAAAAAGGUUAAACAUGACGUGUUUCCUGGAGCGCUGCUGCCGUGAGAAAGUUUAAUCCGACAGCCAUCCCGCUUCAUUCCCUCACUUCAGUGUGGAGCAGACAGGCAUUUCCCUCUGCAAGGCCCCUUCUGCUGUCCUCCUGGGGGGCCAGUUUCUGUCGCUUCGCUUUGGAGACAAGGCACAGUGGAGCAGGUGAGCCCGGACAGAUCCUCAGGGGAGGUUGCUGCGGCUCAGGCAUCCGGCUUUGACGGCACCGCCAGCAGCAGUUUACGGGGAGCUUCCCUGGACACCAGGGCCUCGGAGUAGUGUGGGGAGAGACGAGCUGUCACACACGUAAGCCCUGCUUGCAAGUGGGUUUGUGUUUGUUUUGUUUUUUCGAGACAGGCUUUCUCUGUGUAGCCCUGGCUGUCCUGGAACUUGCUUUGUAGCCCAGGCUGGCCUUGAACUCAGCGAUCCACCUGCCUCUGCCUCCCAAGUGCUGGGAUUAAAGGUGUGGGUACCACCGCCGCCGAGCACAACAGCCUUUUUCUGAUAGUCACAUCUAACACCUGUGCCCUGGUAUGUGAGUCACUACCUGAAAUUUAUGAUAAAAGACCCUUGUGCUCAGCUGUGUUGGACAAUAGAUAUCACAUCAUGGGGGCCCAUGUCUCCCUACACAUGUAUACAUGUUAUUAAUGUGUCUUUGCUAAUAAAGGAAAGGUCUUCUUCAA